AUGGCAAGCUACCUCGCGGGUGUUGCUGGUGGUAGUUGCCGUAGCUUUGCUCUCGAGCUCUGUCUGUUGGUUGGUUGCUCCCGGUUGCUGUUACUCUUCGACUGGAGCCCGCUGCGCUUCUUCCCGAAAGCAAUCAAUUUGAACCACAGACGCGGCCCAGGACCUGCGCCGGUGUCUCUGCCCCAGCUUUCCCUCCUACCCUCUCAAACACGCCAGCGAUUCGACGUCGAGCCCCGGAGGGCACACACAGAUGAUACUUGGCCAAGUGAAAGUCAAUCAACCUCUCUCUACACAGUACCUUAG